AUGUCCCUCCAGGCUGUUUUGAAUGAGUUGGAUGCUAUCAUAGAUCCUCGAACACCACUAUACUUGCUCUUGCGACGAAACGAAAAGCUGGUUGCUAUCACCUUCGUUCCUUAUCUUGCGAAAGAAAGCGAACGCGCAAUCCUUCUCGAGCAUCGACAUGAUAUCGUCAAGACACUUGGGCAAGAUCACUUUUCGCAGUCCUUAAUUUGCAAAGAGGUCGGUGAAGUCACCGAUGCGAGAUCUUGGACUGAGAGAGACGAACACGACUCGUCGCCUGAAAAGACGUCUAAACAUGCGGGAGAUGUGGAUGCAUGCGAUGAUGUUGAUUGCGAAAGCUGUUCGCUCAGAGGCAUGAGCUACAGGCGCAAUAAAUGCCGCCUCUGCGAUCGCCGAAUGAAGAAUAAAAUCACACCUGAAGCACUAGACGCUCUAUCGCCGCUCAAAAGUGCUGGUGCUGUCGUCCAAAUCUCCGUCAACAUCACCACCGACACCCUCAUCCUCACCCUAUCCCAACCCGACAUCCAACCGCACUCCAUAUCCUCUCUCCUCCCCACCACUUCCCCAUCUUUUACGUUCUACCACCACCCAGAACUCUCGAUGGUGUACUUCAUCUUCCAUUCACCGGACACUGCGACUGUGCAGCAGCGCAUGAAGCACACCAUGGCCAUCCCCGGAUUGCUCGUGCAUGCUGAAGAUGCAAGUAUUCUUGUAGACCGAAAGAUUGAGAUUCACGAGCCAGAUGAGUUGGAUUUUGGUGCGGGCAAAGAUGGAAGAGUGGGGAGGUUCAGGAGCAUGUAUCGCCGCGAGGGAUUUAGUGGCACGGAACUAAUGUAUGAGGGUAUGGUGAGGGAUAAAGAGUUUUUGGAUGCGGUGUGA